AAAUUGCAUGUACACAUCUAAAAGAAAAGCAAUAAACAUAUUCUCCCUACCAUAGACUUAGUCUCACAACAAAAACCCAAAUAUUUUCCUCUUUGUUUUCGUUUUCUUAAGCCUAAACAUGCAGUAAUCAAAUCUUCCUUAAGGUACAAACAAAGAGAGUUUGGUGAAGAGGAGCAGAACCGGAAAAUCAAGAAUUUCAAGAAAGUCAAAUUAAAGAAUUUCUAACCAUUUUUUGUUUUUAAUAAUGUCAAAUAAUACAGGUGAAGAUGGAAGUUUCUCUUCUGUUGUUGGAGAUGGAGUUCAACAACAACAACUGAAUCAUCACUUCAACUUAGCUGGAAACCCUGACUCUAGUGCAGAAGUUAUUGCAUUGUCACCAAACACACUUAUGGCUAAAAACAGCUUCACAUGUGAAAUUUGCAACAAAGGUUUCCAAAGAGACCAAAAUCUUCAGCUACAUUUAAGAGUGCAUAAUCUGCCAUUGAAGCUGAAGCAAAUAAUAAGCGAUGAAAUCGAGAAAAGGGUUUAUGUUUGUCCAGAGCCUUCAUGUGUUCAUCAUAAUCCGGAACGAGCAUUCCGCAAUCUUAUUGGAAUCAAGAAGCAUUAUUCUCGAAAACAUGGCGAAAAGAAAUGGAAAUGUGAAAAAUGCUUAAAGAAAUUUGCAGUGCAAUCUGAUUGGAACGCUCAUAUCAUAACUUGUGGUACCAAGGAGUAUAAAUGUGAUUGUGGCGUCAUCUUCUCCAGGAGGGGUAGCUUCGUUACUCAUAGAGCUUUUUGUGAUGCUUUAACUGUAGAAGAUAUACAACCAAGCCGACCACCAAUUAUACCCAAUUUCAUAUCCAUGCCUAUUAUAAACGACACCACCCAUGAACAUCGAACUUCUUUAGUAUCCAUUUUCAAUCAUCUUGACAUUAAAACUCCGUCAGGAACCAUGUUUUCCGGUGACCCGUCAGCUAGCCUUCUUGGUGGUGCAACAAUGUCAAAUUGUUUUUCUUCUUCUUUUUCUCCCCUUCAGAUAAAUGCAAAUUCAUUAGCUAGCCCGGCUUUUAUGUCGGUUCAAAAAGCAGCUCAAAUUGGUGCAUCUGCAAAUUUGAUGAGCUUCCCUGUUGCUGCUGGCAUCACACUUCCAACAUUGUCUGCAAUUCAGACACAAAAUGAUCAUUACCGGACAACAUUGGCGGCGGAAAUUUUUCAUAAGGACCGCUCAUGGCAGAAAGGAACAAGUGUCGAUCAGUUUUUCAAUGGAAGUAGCAGGUUCUUUCAAGGUGCCAAUUCUAGCAGUAAUAAUAGAGGAAAGGAUUAUCAAAGUGGAUUAUCAUCAUUCAGUGGAGAAGCGACGACUGAUGAUUUCUUAGGUUUAGGAGGAUCAAGAAAAGAGAAUAUCACUGGCAAACAGCUGAAACAAGAAAAAGAAAUAUCACUGAAAUACAACAGAAACAAGAAAAAGGAAGAUGAAGAUUGAGUCAUGACUUGGAUUAUCAUUAUUUGUCCCAUCAAUUUAGGUUCGAAAUAUUACUAUUCUCCCGGUUUUAAAAAAAAUCGAUUGUUUUUCCUUUGAUGUUUGAUUAAAUGUAUUAUUUUCCUCUUCCGUUAGUCAAGUUAUUUGUUACUUUUCUUUGUUAAA